AUGAAGAUAGCGCGCUUGGCACGUGCUAUUCGAGUUGUGAAGGUGCUUCGCUUCAUCCGCGCCAUGCGGGUCUUGGUGUUCUCCAUCCUGAACACCUUGCGCUCCUUAGUUUGGUCGCUGGUGCUCCUCUUCGUGAUCAUUUACUCGUUCGGUAUACUUUUUGCGGAUGCCACCAUCGACCACAUACUGGAGCAUGCAGACUCCAUGCCUCCGGGGACCCGCGAUGGUUUGGUGAAACACUUUGGCUCCUUGGUCACUUCCAUGAACACGCUCUUUCGGUCCAUCUCCGGCGGUGUUACUUGGGAAGGGCCAGCGUAUUCCCUGGAACAUAUUGGCGUCGAAUGGGUGCUCGGUUUCACAUUCUACGUCGCAUUUUGCUGCUUUGCCGUUCUCAACGUCAUGACUGGGGUGUUCUGUCACAGCGCAAUAAGUGGCGCCGAAAAAGAUCAAGACCUCAUGGUGCAAGCGCUGCUUCAUGAAAGAGAAUCCAUCAAGAAGAAGCUGCUGGAGUUGUUCAAGCAAGUGGACGACGACGGCACUGGCAGGAUCACAUUGUUGGAGUUCGAAGCAAGGUUCGAACAAGAAUCUUUGCGAGCUGUGUUUGAAGCUUUGGAACUCGGUGCCGAAGAUGCCUGGACACUGUUCCAAAUAUUAGACUCAGAUGGGGAUCACUUUAUUGGUGUGGAUGAAUUUGUCGAUAGCUGCAUUCGAAACCGCGGAUCUGCUAAGUCCGUAGAUGUUUGCGCAUUGAAGCACCAGGUGAACAAGGUGAGGACUCAGCUGGUGGAUGUGGCCAAGUCGCAAGAACAGAUGCAAAUUGAACUUUCGGCAAUGGUGCACAAAUUGUUUUCCAACAGGCACCACCAUUCAACUGAGAUUUAG